AUGCACUGGACAGCGGUUGGUUGCAAAGUCCUGCUGCUGCUGAUUGCUCUACUGCGGGAUGUAACCAGAGCUUCGGAACCGAAAGCCACAGUAUGGCCGCUGUACUCCCAUAAACCUCUGCUUCUGGCAUGGAACGCCCCGACGGAGGACUGCUUCCCGCGUCACCGCGUCUCGCUCCAGCUGGACCAGUUCCAGAUCGUUGCCUCCCCCAAUGAGGGCUUCGUGAAGCAGAACCUCACCAUAUUUUACAAUGACCGACUUGGCCUGUACCCCCACUUUGAGCCAGAUGGAACGCCCAUCAAUGGGGGUCUGCCACAAGUCGCUAGUCUGGCGCAGCAUCUCGCCAAGAUGCCGGAGGGUUUGGAGAAAUACAUCCGCGAGCCCAGUGCCAAAGGUCUGGCGGUUAUUGACUGGGAAGAAUGGCGCCCUCUUUGGAUCCGCAACUGGGAGGCUAAGGACAUUUACCGCAGGCAUUCCCGUGAGCUGGUGCGCCAGAAGAACCCCACCUGGCCACCGGAGCGGGUGUCCAAAGUGGCCCUGCAGGAGUUUGAGCUGUCCGCCAAGAGGUUCAUGCUGGAGACGCUGAAGCUGGCCAAGCACCUGCGACCCAACCAGCUAUGGGGCUUUUACCUGUUCCCAGACUGCUACAACCAUGACUACAGGCGAACUCUGGAGAGCUACACAGGCCGGUGCCCAGACGUGGAGGUGGCUCGCAAUGAGCUGCUCAAUUGGCUGUGGACAGAGAGCACCGCGCUCUUCCCAUCCAUCUACAUGGGCACGGUGUUGCGCUCCUCAGCCUCUGGACGCCAGUUUGUGAGAAAUCGCGUUAAGGAGGGCCUGCGUCUGGCUUCGGCGGGCGACGGUCUGGCACGACCCGUCUUUGUGUACACUCGACCAACGUACAUGAACUCUCUGGAGAAGUUGACGGAGAGGGACCUGGUGUCCACCAUCGGGGAAAGUGUGGCUUUGGGAGCAGCGGGCAUCAUCCUGUGGGGAGACGUCGCCUACGCCAGCAACAAAACCACCUGCUCGGAGCUGGAUGCUUAUCUCCGGGGUCCACUUGGCAAAUAUCUCCUCAACGUCUCCACGGCAGCAGAGUUAUGCAGCCAGGCUCUGUGCUCUUCCCAUGGCCGCUGUCUACGCCGGGACCCCGAUGCCGACGUCUACCUGCACCUGAAUCCCCUUACGCACAGCUUGCGGGUCGGACCCGGUGGAAAAAUGGAGAUGGUCGGCGAGCCGGGCCAGACGGACUUUGAUGCCGAGUUUCAAUGCCAGUGCUACAGCGGCUACGAGGGGGAGCGCUGUCAGAAAAUGGACCCUCUGUACCAGAAAGGAGCAGCUUAUCGGAUCUCAGCGUCAACGCUUCUGGGUGUCAGAUUCCCCAUUUCUCACGGCGAUGAGGAUGUUUGCCAAAGGAAGUGUGAGCAGUCGGUGCGUGGACGUCAGUAG